CAUGCACUGAGGGAGGAGGGGUAGAGGGAAAGAGAACAAACAUGAGAGCAAGAGAAUUGGCAGGAUCCUCCCUCCUACCUCUUCCUAGGCCCACACCCAGUGAGUUUUGCGCGUUAAGACGCCAAGAUCCCUUAGCCGCGCCCAGGCUGAGAUCCGUGGCUCCUGUGGAAAUGAGCAUGGCUGGGCACCGCGUGCUGCUUCUAGUGGGCUUCCUUCUCCCUAGGGUCCUGCUCUCAGAGGCUGCCAAAAUCCUGACAAUAUCUACACUGGGUGGAAGCCAUUACCUACUGUUGGACCGGGUGUCCCAGAUUCUUCUAGAGCAUGGUCAUAAUGUGACCAUGCUUCUUUUAAGUGGAAAGCAUUUAGCUUCAGAUACUAAAGACAAGGAAAAAUCAUACCAAGUUAUAAGGUGGUUUCCUCCUGAAGAUUAUCAAAAAACAGUUAAGGAGCGUUUCAAUAACUACAUAGAAAAAGCUUUGGAUGGCAGAGAAGAAACUGAAGGCCUUGUAAAGGUAAUGGAAAUAUUUGGGACUCAAUGUAGUUAUUUGCUAAGCAGAAAGGACAUAAUGGAUUCCUUAAAUAAUGAGAACGUUGAUCUGGUAUUUGUUGAAGGCUUUGAUUUCUGUUCUUUCCUGAUUGCUGAGAAGCUUGAGAAGCCAUUUGUGGCCAUUCUUCCCGCCUCAUUUGGCUCGCUGGAAUUUGGGCUACCAAGCCCUUUGUCUUAUGUGCCAGUAUUCUAUUCCUUGCUGACUGAUCGCAUGGACUUCUGGGGCCGAGUGAAGAAUGUUUUCAUGUUCUUUCGUUUCUCCACGAUGCAACGGUGCCUACACUCUACAUUUGACAACACCAUCAAGGAGCAUUUCACAGAAGGCUCUAGGCCGGUUUUGUCUCAUCUUCUGCGGAAAGCAGAGUUGUGGUUCGUUAACUCUGACUUUGCCUUUGAUUUUGCUCGGCCCCUGCUUCCCAACACUGUUUAUGUUGGGGGCUUGAUGGAAAAACCUAUUAAACCAGUUCCACAAGACUUGGAGAACUUCAUCGCCAACUUUGGGGAUGCUGGGUUUGUCCUUGUGGCCUUUGGCUCCACAUUGGACAUCUAUGAGUCUCAAGAAGUCCUCAAGAAUAUGCACAGUGCCUUUGCUCAACUCCCUCAAGGGGUGAUAUGGAAGUGUCAGAGUUCUCGUUGGCCUAAAGAUGUUCAUUUGGCCACAAAUGUGAAAAUCAUGGACUGGCUUCCCCAGAGUGAUCUCCUGGCUCACCCCAGCAUCCGUCUUUUUGUCACCCAUGGAGGGCAGAACAGCAUAAUGGAGGCCAUUCGGCAUGGUGUGCCCAUGGUGGGAUUACCAGUCAAUGGAGACCAGCAUGGAAACAUGGUCCGAGUAGUAGCCAAAAAUUAUGGUGUCGUUAUGCAGUUGAAUCAGGUCACAGCUGACACACUGGCACUUAAGAUGAAACAAGUCAUAGAAGACAAGAGGUACAAGUCAGCAGUGGUGGCAGGCAGUGUUAUCCUGCACUCUCAGCCCCUGAGCGCACAACAGCGGCUGGUGGGCUGGAUCGAUCACAUCCUCCAGACCAAAGGGGCGGCGCACCUCAAGCCCUAUGCCUUCCAGCAGCCUUGGCAUGAGCAGUACCUCAUCGACGUCUUUGUGUUUCUGCUGAUGCUCACUCUAGGCACUGUGUGGCUUUGUGGGAAGUUGCUGGAUGAUCUGCCUGCAAGUCUGCAAGCUGAGUGCCGCAUGUCUAUCCAUUUUGUGAAUUCUCAGGACACAAGAUCCAGAAGCAUGAAACAUGCAGAAGUACAUUAGAGUGUGUGUAUAUAACAUAAAGUUUUAUUGUUAUAAUUCUUAUGAAACCACAUGAAUUGAUCUAUGGCAAUACGCCCAUGAAGGGCAGACAUGGAGCCUUCUCUGUGUUUUGUUUUGAAUCAACAGCUACGAUUUCACUCCCCUCAUGAAUAACAUAAGGUUCUAUGGAUAAGGCUCCCUGGCCAGUAACUUCUUCUCUUCAACCCUAGCACAUAGUCUUUCCCCUAACACGUGGUCAUCGAGGUCAACUUUGUGCCAGUUGUAUAUAUUUGCAUCCCUGAAAUCUGAUCAUAAGCAGCCAGUCAGCCAGAAUGAUGCUUCCAGUCUUGUUCCCUCCAAGCACCCUCCACAGGGCUGCAAGUGUGGCCCUGACAACCUAGAAAUCUGGUGUUAUCCCUCACUGUUUAAAAUCCUUCUUUGUUCCCACUGUGUGGAAUAUGAGGAAUCUGUGAUGUGUUCCUGGCUACCUCUCUAGGCACGUCUGGAGCAAUUCUCCUCCCACUCUUUUCCAAGUGUUCACUACACCCCCUCAGAACACACUUUGCUGUUUUUAGCCUCUGGGCUUUGUCUAUGCCCUUCCCUCUCUCAGAAAUAUCAUGCUACUCUUGCCAGAAUAAGAAACUUCUGCUUAUUUGUCAAUAUCCAGUGUUAUUGUGUUCACAUUGGUAAGCCUGUGCCUGACCACUACACCCAUAAAGGAGCUGACUGCAUUCUCUUUUGAAGCAUUUUUCUUACUAUAUUUUAAUUAUGCAUUACAAUAUCUGUUUCCCUAUUUAGAAACCAUAAGGUCAUAAAGACAGUAACUGGUUCC